CGUUGGUUGAGUCAUUGAUUCUAAGUAGAGAAUGAUUCGUGUCUCUCACGUUGGUUGGAUAAGCGACAGUAACGCGAUAUUAUUCUCGAUCCUUCAGAAAAUCGUUUAUCGUCAUUCAUUGAGACGUUUCAUUAUCAUUCACAUCCAGAAAAAAUUCGCGACGUUUCUAUCUCAUUAUGUCGGAUGAAGAGAAACAAGCGGCAUCUCAAAGCAGAAUGGAGACCGAGCCACCGCAGGAAUUAUCUGGUCCCGAUUUCAUCAACAAUUUGAACAACAAGUGUUUGGCCAGGAUAUUCCAGUAUCUUCCAAUUGCAGAUAAACUCAGGAUCAACACAGUUUGCAAACGAUGGAAGGAAGUUUCUCCACUGGCCUGGGCGAACGUGGAGGAACUCGAUUUUUUCAAAGAUGAGGGAGAGCCCAGCGACUACGAUCAACUGCCCAAAGAGUACAUGACUGUCCAGUGGCUUAAGGUGAUUUUGAAACGAUGUGGUCCUUACUUGAAGGAACUACAUCUUGAUGAUUCAGAGCUCAUGCCAAUCGUUGGUAAAUACUGCGUGAAUUUGACAGUACUUGACAUCUGGGAUGCUGACCCUGACGACUGGGACUGGUCUGGGCUCUUUCCUCAAAUGGAGAACUUCAGCUUGGGCUAUUCCAAGAAGGGGGGAGAAUUUUUUACUGAAAAAAUACUUCGCACCCUGCCUGCACAGAGCUUGACAUACUUCCGUCUUCGGGCGUUCUUCAAUGAACCCCAGAAUGAUGUGAGUGAUAUGUUCGGAAUUCCAAUAGACAAUAGACCAGUUACCAGGGCUAAUCUGGGAUGUUUCUCCCCUGCAGCGGUUAAGUUAUUCGACAACUUCAUCAACUUGGAAAUCAUCAACAUAAGCAACUGCAUUCUGAAUUCUGACAUGAUGAACGCCAUAAAUCAGAAAACUCAUCUCAAGUACCUCGCUCUUCCCGACUGCAGUGCAAACCCAGGACUCCUCUCUGCAAAUGUCCUAACAAAUCUGGAGACCUUGAUUCUCGAUUUUGUCCAUCAAGUAAACGACAGUUUCCUGGUGCAGCUCUCAGACUGCGCGCAGAAUCUGAAGACCUUGUCAAUCAACAGAUGUGGAGUCACUGAUAAAGCAGUUAGACAACUCUCCAAACUCCCUCAACUCGAAGUCCUCAACGUAAGUGGCAUCAUGUACCUCACAGAUGAGCCCCUGGGUGGAUUGAAGAAUUUGAAAAAAUUGGAUUGCGAUUUUGGCUUCACUAUUGGCGAUAAGGGGCUCAUCACACUCAUCAGGAAUGCACCUAAUUUGGAGCUCCUGAAGGUGUCAUUCACCUCUACAACUAAGAUGUUGGUCAUGGAGGCAAAUGAGAUUACUAAGCAGAGGACCAAUGGAGUUACUCUGAAGAUAAUAGGUGAGGAAGAUCUGAGAGAAGAUUGGAACGAGAACAAUGACUCUCCAUUUCUGAUUGUCGAAGAUACCCCUGACUGCCUGAAUUAGAAAAACAUCGACAAGUAGACACAGAAAAAAUGAAGAACGCAUUUAUCCUACAUUGAUUAAUUUUCAAGAAGACUUGUUCAAGUGCCUAAAGCCAGCAUUGGGAGGAAUGAUCUUGUCAAUAACGUUGAAGAUUCUCAUGAGUAAAUAAUUAUGUCUGGAAUCAUGGAGAGUUGAGGCAGGAUUUAUUUCUAAAGAAAACAAAUUUUCAUCAUUUUUAUGCAUUUUUAAAACUAGUAUUCUUACUGCAUAUAUAAUCACACGUUAUUCUGCGAGCAUGCUGAUACUUAUGAGGUGUUGAGCUGAACUGUCACAUGUAAGCUGUUAACUACUGGAGCUACGUGGCAGUGACAAUGUCACUCCCAUGACUUUUGAUAGUAUUACUUCAUUUUACUGUUCGUAUUUAAUUCUAUUCUCAAUUUUUAAGCGAUCUUCCCUGUGUUUCUGUUUGCAGUCAGUAAAAAAUAGUGUUAAGAAUUUUUCUGACCCAGUGAUGAACAUUCAUAUAUAUUUUUUUACGACAAUAAAGAUGUACUAUAAACGUA